GCGUUAUGGACGCAACUUAAUCACUUAUCUUCGUAUUUAAAAUUUGCGCCUUCCGAAACAAUCAAUAUUUUCGUGUAGUACACGCAUCAUACCGCGGUUCCGUUUAGCGCGCUUCUGCAUUCACGCCACACGGCUUACUUGCGAGAGAUGAUGGGAAGAAGAACGAAAUUGGUAAAGCAGAAACUAUUUUCGUCCUGGUGUUAUCGACUGUACUCAUUAGUUAGGCUUGACGGCCGGUAAUACUUGCAUCAUACACUCGAAAUACGUGUUUGGGCCGCUAUACAGGUAUUCUGCGAGCAAAUUUUGCUGCCGCUUAUGGUUAACACUAUUUGAUGAGGAUGGAUGGACCACGACACCAUCACAAAUUAUUUGCACUUUAAAUUUUUGAAUCAUCUGACCAUACGUAUGCAGCCGGUGCCACGACUAAGAUAAUUAAUUGGGAUUCAGCAUACGGUUGGAGAAGGAAGGCCUGCCGUUGUCGUGGAUUUACACAGGCUGAAUAGGCUCUUAUGGCAACAUACUCCAUUUAUUCCCGUGGCCACCACGGAACUAAAUGUUAUCCAUAUAGUACGAAUUAUGGAAAUGGAAUUAAAGUAUCAAAAUUUACUCCUAAUCGGGGGCGCCACUAGUUUUUCUCCGUCCCAAUAGCAGGAGACCACAAAUACAAGCUUUUACGUAUUAAAAAAAGUAUUUUCUAAAAAAAACAGAUUUGAAAGAACUCCAGUUGUGUUCCUGUUUUAUAGAAAAGAUUUAUUAUAUAUUUCACGUAUAGUGUAACAAAUCAUAUUGUGAUUUAUAGAUGAUUAUCUGCAAAGAUUAGUUUCGAAAUUCAGCCAUACAAUUCAAUUAAUAGACAAGUGUUGUAAGUUUAAUAUAUAGUUAAUGAAAGCAUCAUAUAAUUUACAAUGAGCAAAGAUUUACUUGAAAGUGUCAGUAAAUUUUUUACUGAAAAUAAAUUAAAAGAAAUUGUUGCUAAACAAUUGAAUGAGAAUAUUAAAGAUAUUGCAAUAUUAUCAUGGGAAUUCAGCGAUGCUAGUAAAAAAGGAGAUAGCUAUCUUUCAACUGUAGAUCGAGUUGCAAUUAAGUGUAAGGUGAAAAAUCAAAUAAAGGAAGUCAAAAUAGUUGUAAAAUCUUUACCAAACAACAAAGGACGACGGGCAACAUAUAGAAGUACUGAUUUUUUUGCCAAUGAAAUAACAUUCUAUGUUGAGAUUGCAGCCAAAUUUCAAGAAUUCUUACAUCUGAAGAAUCAGUCUUCACUAUGGCUUAUACCAAAGUGUUUAGCAUAUCAUUUAGAUGGAGAAAAUGAUUUUAUAGCAUUAGAAGAUGUUAGUCCUCAAGGUUUCGGACCAGUGGCACGUGAAAGCUGCCUUACUUUUGAACAAUGUCGUUAUAUUUUAGAAGCAAUGGCUCGAUUUCAUGGAGUUUCAUUUGCUUAUAAAGAUCAAAAUAAAGAAGAUUACCAAAAUAGAGCCUCCAAGUUGUCAGAAACAUAUUUUUCAGAUCAUUUAUAUGAAACUUGGUACAAAAGAUUUCAUUGUAAAUUAGUAGAUAUUGCCAAAGAUGCAUUAGCAAAAGAAUAUCCAGGUAGCAAAGGGGAAAGACAAUUUAAUAUAUAUACACCAGGAGAAUUGUAUAAAAAAAGUGCUAAAUUUUGCACAAGGACUGAUGCACUUACUUCUGUCAUUAAUCAAGGAGAUUCAUGGGCCCCAAACUUCUUAAUAAAAUUAAACUCAUUAGGGAAAUUUGAUGUACUGAUGCUUGACUUUCAGUUAGCUAGAUGCUGUAGUCCAGUAUUAGAUUUAGCUUUUUUCAUGUAUUCGUGCACUGACCAGGCGCUAAGGAAUGAACAUUAUGAUGAUCUUUUAAAAAUUUAUCACAAUGAAUUGUCAAAUUCAAUUAAAGCAUUAGGUUCUGAACCAGAAAAUAUCUAUCCCUGGGAACUAUUUUUACAAGAGGUCAAAGAACAAUUUAUCCAUGGAGUUUCGUUUGGGAUAGAAUCUGUAACUUUUAGUUUACUCUCAACAGAAGAGGUAUUUGACUUGGGUUUAAUAAAAGAAGACAAAAUGGACAUAGCAGAUGUGUGGACUGUGAAAAAUAUAGAAACUUCCGAAAAAAGACGUCGUUUAGCAGACAUAAUAUUGCAUGCAACCGAUAAAGGAUAUUUAUAACCACAUUUUUAAAAAGAGU